AUGAAGCUCCGCGACUCCGCCUUCGUGGUGGACCACCGGCGACAGCUCAGUGGCGCAGUCCAUACGCCACAUAGAGACGAUGAAAAGCCUAAGCAGAAGCGCAAGGCCACGUCCUUCCAGCAGCGCCCGCCUUCUUCGUCGCCUGCGUCAUCCAAGGCCGCGAUGCCUGCCGCCCCGCUGUCAACCAAGAAGCAGAACAAGAAAAAGGAAAACAAGUCGAAGAAAACGCCGCUGCAGGACGCUGCAGACCUCCUAUGUCAGGAAAGCGUCAAAAGCCGCAACCACAAGCUCGUGCUGGCCCCAAAUUCGCGCUCUGCAGGUUCCUCAACGUCCUUCUCGAUGUCCAGACCCUAUCCGAGCUGGGAAUCCAAACACAAGAAGGAGGAGACGCUGAAAACGACGCUGAUGGCGAUGCAGGCCGAUCGUAUAGUGACAGACGCGCUCCAUGAGGAGAUAUUGGCGUAUACACAGUAUACGAAGAAGACGGUAGACACGAUGGCUGUGCACAUUGAACAGAUGAUCUCCAAUGUGCGUGCGAGCGUGCAGUCGCUCUGGCCGCAGUCCAAAGUAGAGACGUUCGGGUCCUAUUCGACGGGCAUUUGGCUGCCCAGUAGUGACGUGGACCUCGUCAUAUUGGACGUGGUGGAAGUGAACGACUCGAAGCUGACAGCGAAACAUUUGAGACAGUUGGCGAAAGUGUUGGAGAAGAAGAAAUGGGUCGAGUCGUUGCUGUGCUUGGAUGCUGCGAAAGUGCCCGUGCUGAAGCUGGUCAGUGCUGAGACAUCUGUGCCCAUUGACAUCACGUUCGAGUCGGCAGCUACACACAGCGGAUUACUCGCGCGCGACCUUAUUAAGCGCUAUGCCGACAACAUGCCCGAGCUUUAUCCUCUGGCGAUUGUGUUCAAGCAGCUCUUACGCGAACGCGACUUAAACGACGCAUACACUGGCGGUCUCAGCUCGUAUUCAGUGGUACUCAUGAUUAUUCACUUUUCGCAGCUGUGGAGGAAUGGAGAUUUAUGCUUCGAAGCAGCGUCAAUUUAUGCGUCGGGAUCUUUGCCACCCGCACCGUCCAAGAUGCAGGCUCAAAAGGCAGCACGAAUACAGGCUAGCUCAAGCGGUAAUAGUAAGGCUGAUAUCGAGAGCAAAGCACAGCGUUCCGGGUCGGCUAUCGCGGGUGCUAAAAGCGCAUUGAAAAAGUCAGUGUCCUUGCCGUUACCAGCUCCUACCUCAUCUUACGCACAGAUUGUGGCCAAGCAACAGGCCGCAGACGAUUCAUUGAGUAACGCUUCUGAACCUCGCUUCAGCUAUGCUGCAGUUGCUGCAGGUAUCGCUAGAGUAUCGGAGAAGAAAAUGCCAGCUGGACCGCCAUCUAGCUAUGCUGCUGCGGUGUCUGCCCCGCCUGGGUCGUCAUCCUCGGGUGCUCAUUCGAUUGAUGCAAUCAGCGUAUCGAGCAGCUACGCAGACACAGAAGACUCGAGCUCGUCGUGUAGCCAUUCUUCCUCAGCAGAUAGUGACGACGAAGCGCAGAACCAGCGGAAGCCUCCCGUGUCUCUUGGUCAGCAUCUGUUGAUGAUUCUCGAGUUUUUUGGCAUUAUUUUCGACUACCGCAAGAAUGGACUCUCGGUGCGCGACGGAGGAUACAUUUACAGACUUGCAGACAAUCACCGUUCACACAUCGGCAAGCCAGCGCUGGUGAUUGAGGAUCCGAUCCAUCCAGAUCGCAACGUCAGUGCUAGCAGCUUCGCGUUUCCAAAAGUGGUGGCGCUGUUUGAGGACUCGUAUUAUGCUCUCAAGUACUUUCGCGCGUCCAAGUUUACACCGUCAGCACUGAGCUGUUUACUCAGCACAUCUGGCCACACGAGCCAUUCCAACCACGGUGCGGGUGGCGACUGGAGGAUUCCUGUUCCACAACCAACCACAAAAUUACAGACAACUCGAUCAUAG